CCAGGUGGAAGUUGUGGAAGGAGAGCUGGUUUGUCCAGAGACUGGGAGGAAAUUUCCCAUCUCUAACGGGAUCCCCAAUAUGUUGUUACUGGAACACGAGUUGCAGUGAUGUGUGUGUGGCGACAGCAGAAAGACAGUGUGAUUGUUCUAAGUUCUGGAUGGAUGGUCGAAAGAGAUGGGUGAAGGAGGGGACUUCUGCGCCAGUCUUCCUCGUGUUGGAAAUGUUAUCUCUACUGUAAAUAGUUUGAUUCAACAUGCGUCUGUUUUGAGAAAAAGUUUCUUGAUUUAGUUGCGGAAUAUUUGAUUUACUCCUUUUGUUAUCACAGAGUGUUCAAGUUUCUGUUCUAAAUGUACUGAACAUUGUCUCCCAAGUACUCAAAAUAGGUCUGAUAUUUUUCUAGAAAUCGGAUGAUACUGCAAAUAUUUCCUCUUAAGUUUGCCACUCUUUUCUUUUUCUUGUGGGUUAAAAUGUUCGGUUCUGGUUUAUAAAUGGUGUAUGUAGUUCUUUGUGUUGAAGCAAAAGAAGUAGAGUAGACCACAUUAGAUACCCGUGUAGAGACUGAGGUCAACAAAAGUUCCCUUGUUCUUGCACUACUCAGCGCAGCCAUCGGGAGAAAAAAAUAUAUAGAUCUUAUCUACAUUUGGAGCAGCAGUUUUCAAGGCCUGUGGCGACUAGACUGGGAAGUGAUGCACACAGCGUGGUAGUCGUGACAAAUGUCGUCAGACAGGAAAACCGUACGGUGCCUCACUAGCCCCUUGUCAUCAUAGGUGUAGUAGAACACAGUGGGAUGCUUUGUGAUUUGACUCUUUCCAAAGUGUGCACUCUUGACCUCCACAGUUAAAAGAGGCCUCGCGGUUUUCUGCAAAGUCCAUGACUGUAAUGGCCUCGUCUGUUUCAACGGACUCUCUAACACUUUCCCUACGUAGCCCCAGCUCAUUGGAUAUUUCCUCUAUACGUAACUAAAAUAAUGGUCUAUUCCCUAAAAACGUGGUGAUUUGUGGGUCAGAAAAAAAUUUACCAUUUAUAGCAAAAUAGGUCUAGAAGUACAAAACUGCAUAUAUAUUUUUAAAAUUCUAUAAAGAUCUAUAGAAUGUUGUGUUGAAAUGAACAGGGGCUGUGAUAAUAUGAAAUAUGACAGCAAGGUUAUGAACAGUGACCCAAAAAAAGCGCGUUAAAAUGUUACUUUUUUACAAGGAGUUCAUACAGUAAUUUAAGAGGAAAAAGCAAUAAAACAGUUGAUAUACUCA